AUGGGGAGAUACAAGAAAUUCGGUGCCAAGUUCUUCUAUCCCAAGAGUCUGGUGGUACUAGAUGUAUAUGAAUCUUUAGCCUUCAUGUUCCUGAUGUUCUUGACGAGCGUACGCAUGGACAUUAGUAUGCCCAAGAGAGCCGGAAAGAUUUCAUUAGUUAUAGGCGUUGCAACUUUCUUGGUUCCUUUCAUGAUCACCACAUAUGCUGCAUUUUUUCUCAGAGAAACCUCUAACUUGAACCAAGCAUUGAGCGAUAGUCUUCCUAUAGUCGCCUCUCUCGAGUCCACAACCUCUUUUCAUGUAGUUUUCGGGAUACUUUCAGACCUGAAAAUCCUCAACUCAGAGCUCGGUCGCCUUGCCUUGUCGUCUUCCAUGGUUAGUAACUUCCUCAGCUGGAUUUUCUUGCUGGCUGUUACUUCCAUGAAAGAAGCUUUAGAAACUGGUGAGGUACACGUAAUAAUUCUGACUCAAGCUAGCAAAGUGUUUGUGAUCAUGAUCAUUGUUUACGUAUUUCGUCCUAUAAUGAAGUGGAUGAUGAGAAGAACUCCAGAGGGAAAACCCCUCAGGGAAUCUGACGUUAUUGGAGUUACUCUCAUAGUGCUUCUUGGUGCUUUAAUUGGAGAAUUCACUGGACAGCAUUUUCUUUUUGGGUCUCUAGUUUUGGGACUUGCAACCCCUGACAGGCCGCCAUUGGGAUCAAGCUUGACGGAGAAGAUAGAAUGCUUUAUUUGGGCAGUUUACAUGCCAUGUUAUAUCAUCAGCAUUGGAAGUCGAGUUAAUAUUUUUCUUGUAAAAAAUGUUGAUAUAAUUGUUGUGGAGUUCAUCAUCUUGAUUGCUGUCUUUGGUAAACUUACUGCUGUCUUCAUCGCCUCGCUCUAUUACAAGAUGCCCUUUCUUGAUGCUCUCUUGCUCGGUUUACUCUUGAAUACCCAAGGCUUCUUUGACAUUCAGAACUUCAAACAAGCGAUGCUUGUCAAGAUAUUCUACAAUCCGUCAAGAAGAUAUGUAGCUUAUCAAAGAAGGACAAUACAGCACCAUCGGCGCCACGGCGAGCUCAGAGUGGUUGCUUGUUUUCACGGAGAAGACGAUCUAUCCUCCAUUGUAUGUCUCCUGGAAGCUUCAAAUCCAUGCAAAGAAAGUCCAAUCGCAAUUUACGCUCUCAACAUGGAAGAACUUGUGGGGCGAGCCUACCCAGCACUCAUACAACAUAAAUUCGGCAAACACUCGGCCAUUAUGCGCGGCAGAGUUGAUCGUAUAAUCAAUGUCUUCAGCAUGUACGAGCACCAGAACCAUGGACUUGUCAGCAUCGAGUGUUUUACAGCUAUCGCGCCUUACACCACCAUGCACGACGACGUUUGCUCCUUGGCGGUAGACAAGUGCGCCACCUUGGUGAUCGUCCCGUUGCAGAAAUGGGACAGCUCGUUAAUCAGAGCAGUGAACAAGAAAGUACUGGCUAAUGCUCCGUGCUCCGUUGGAGUUUUGUUUGAUCGAGGGACGCUGGAUUAUAAAUCCGUGGUGAUGCGACGGCUUACUUUGAAAGUAUGGGUGAUUUUUAUAGGAGGGCCAGAUGAUAGGGAAGCCUUAGCUUAUGGUUCUCGCAUGGCGGAUCAUCCUAAUGUGAGACUUACAGUGUUAAGACUGGUUAACACGAAGCGAAAACUGAGCUCUACAGACUUGUUGGAGAAGAAACUGGAUAUAAACGCCAUUAACGACUUCAGAAUCCGGUGUGUUUCCAACAAGAGCGUUGGGUACAGAGAGGAGAGCGCAGAAGAAGCAUCUGAUACGACGCAGCUUCUAUGGUCGAUCGAGGAUGAUAUUGAUCUCGUUAUCGUAGGAAUUAAACACGAAACAAAUUUGCCAAUGUUGGUGGGAAUGUCGGACUGGAGUGAGAUUGAGGAGUUGGGUGUGAUCGGAGACUUAUUAGCUUCGCCGGAUUGUAAGAUGAAGGCGUCAGUCUUGGCCAUGCAACAACAAGCUUUGGUAGUGGAAGAGAUGGUAGAGAAUCAAUCGGCGACAAAAUUAGCAGCUCAAUAUGAUGCGUUUGAUUCAUCAAACCAUUCUAAAGAAGGAUCCUGGAGAGAUUAA